CCUAGUUACUUAGUAACAUGUAAUCUAAACAUUCAGAAACUAGAUAGAGUUGGACCUAUCAAGUAAUCUAUGAAUAUAUUUUUUUAGGAAGAUAAACUCUUAUUAGAACUUAUCAAACUAAAUGGUUGUGCAUCUUGGAAUAGAAUAGCUAUUGAACUUAAAUCUUAAAUGAAGAAUCUAACAAAAAUACGUACUCCAGCAUCUUGUAGAGAACGAUACUAAAACAUUCUUAACCCUAAUUUGAAUAAAAGUGUAUGGACAGAUGAAGAAGAAGAAAAAUUAUUCAAUCUUUAAUAAUCUUUUGGUAACAGUUGGGCUAGGAUAGCUUCUUAAAUGACUGGUCGUUCUGAUUUAUUAUGUAAAAACUAUUUUUAUGCUACUUUGAGAAAGGUUUUACGUCGACUCAGUAAAGCAGUAGGAUUAGAUUAAUGUAAUUAGUUUAUGAUUGUCUUUUAGCUUCAGAUUUACUUAAAUAAAUUAAACCUAGUGUUUUGGGUAUAAUAUAUUGUAAUGAAGAUUCUUUAAAAAGCUUUAAUAUUGAUGAAAAUAUGAAAAAUGAAUUUAAAAACAUGAUCAAAGAAUACAGACACACUCAGAAAUCUGAAUUAAGAAUGCUUCCUGAAGAAAAUAUUAAUCAUAUUAAAAAAAUGCUAAAUAAACUAUUUGCCAUAAAGUAUUUCACAUUUUCAUUAUUUUAGCAAUAAUUAUAUUUCUUAAAAAUGUGGAAUAACUCUCAAUUAAACCCCUAAACAAGAUCUAUAAUCUUUAGAAACUAAUAAAUAAUCUAACCUUGACUACAUCUGUCAAUCUGAUUCAAAAAUAUCAAAAAUUUAAACUAAAAUCUAAGCAUCCCAUCUAAAGUAUGAUUAAUAGGAAGAAUAUGAUUAAUAAUUAAACUAUUAAACUCAAAUCUUCUAAGAAUAAUAGCCAUAUCUAAAUUUAGAUAAAUAAUUUAAUUCUAGCUUCUAUUCAAUACCAUAAUCCUUAGUAAUUAAUAAAUUAAUAUAAGAUAUCUAUGUAUACUCCUCCUCCUGUUUUAACAUUUUAUAUCUAACCAAACUUUAAUUUUUGGCCAAUCUAAACUGCUUAGCAAUAUAGUCCAAUUGAAUACUUUUAAAUCCCUUAAAAUUAUCCUUACAUCAAGUAUGAUUAAUCAUAAUGA